AUGAAUAAUCGACCUAAUGCACCAUUUAAAGCGCCGAGGUUGAUGAAAAAUACUGGCCAAUCAGUAGUCAGACCAGUAUUAUCAGUGAAUAAACCAACUAUUAAAAGAUCAUAUUCUCGACCAACUGUUGGAUCAAAUGCUGCAACCACAAAUCCUCCUAUAAAGAAAUCCAGACCAUCAACACCCAAUGGAUCCAAUAUAGAAAAAUAUAUCAUUCAAUGGAGAAAGAAAACUACAAAAAAGAAUAAAACUUGGGAUGGAGAUGGCCAUGCUACUAUUCAUCACCUUGAAAAUGGUGGAUGUGAGAUAUUUGCAAAGAACUCAGACAAUAAAUCCCUAGGAAAAAGAUCAUUCAAUGUUCUGCCAAAUUUCGAAGAAGUGAUAAGUUUAGGAACUUUUGAAAUUGAAUUAGAUGAAAAAGUAUCUGGGUCUCAAGAAUCACAGGAAGAAGCGCCUCGAAAGCCAGUUUUAAAACGCGUGUCUCCAGUACCGACUACUACUGAGAAUGCAACCAAUCAGUUCAAAAAAGUUGCACCUCCUACUUAUGUUGAAAGACCUACUUCCAGAAAAGCAAUGUAUGAUGAUAAUCCUAGUGCAAUUUCAUUACCACCACCUCCUGGUACGUCAAAUUUUGUCAAGGUAAAUAUAGACCCACUUUUGGCAACAAAAUUGCGACACCAUCAAAUUGAAGGAGUGACGUUUAUGUAUGAAUGUCUUAUGGGAUAUCGUGAUUUCCAGGGACAUGGAUGCUUGUUAGCUGAUGAAAUGGGGUUAGGGAAAACUCUAAUGACAAUUACUACUAUUUGGACUUUACUUAAACAAAACCCAUUUCCUGAACAGAAGAAACCUGUUAUCAAUAAAGUUUUAGUUGUAUGUCCUGCAACUCUUAUUUCAAACUGGAGACAAGAGUUCAAGAAAUGGUUAGGUGCAAACAAACUAAAUGUCCUCACAUUAAACAAUGCCAUGUCAGAUGAAAAGAGAGACAUUUUAAAUUUCGGAAAAUUGAAUGUGUAUCAGGUUUUGGUUGUCAAUUAUGAAAAAAUAACUAUUCAUUAUGAGGAAUUAUCCACUAUAAAGUUUGAUUUGUUGGUUUGUGAUGAAGGUCAUCGGUUGAAGAAUAGUGCCAAUAAAGUCUUAAACCAUUUAAUUAAAUUGAAUAUCCCAAAAAAGAUUGUGUUAACUGGUACUCCUAUUCAAAAUGAAUUGAUUGAGUUUCAUACCUUGAUAUCAUUUCUUAACCCGGGAGUUCUCCCUGAAUUAAAGACUUUUCAAAGGAAUUACGUGAAUCCGAUAUCUCGAGCUCGAGAUGUAAAUUGUUUUGAUCCAGAAGUGAAACGAAGAGGGGAAGAAAUCUCACAACAGUUGAUUGGAUUAACCCUGCAGUUUAUAUUACGAAGAACGCAAUCUAUAUUGUCAAAAUAUUUAACUACCAAAACUGAUAUCCUAUUAUUUGUUCCUCCCAGUGAUUUGCAAGUCAAGUUAUUCAAAUAUAUCACUAAUUUGAAGAAGUUCAAUCAGAUCAAUAGUGGUUCAGAUUCAUUUACUUUAAUUAAUUUGUUCAAGAAAAUUUGCAACUCGCCUUCUUUGUUGAUAGAUGACGCAUUUUUCAAAAGGAUUGUUGAAGAAAAGUUUCAUCUAACUUUAUCAUCCGGCAAAAUUAACGUUUUGAUACCUUUAUUAUUAGAAAUUGUUGCACAAAAGGAAAAAAUUGUUUUAAUUUCAAAUUAUACCCAAACUUUGGAUCUUUUGGAGAAGGUGUUGUCAAAGAUCAAUUUAACAUUUUCUAGAUUGGAUGGCUCUACUGCUACAAAUAUCAGAAGUAAAAUCGUGAAGCAGUUCAACAGCAACCCAAAUAUUCAUGUAUUUUUAUUGUCAUCAAAAUCAGGUGGUAUGGGAAUAAAUCUAGUAGGUGCAUCAAGAUUGAUUUUAUUUGACAACGAUUGGAAUCCAGCAACUGACUUACAAUCCAUGUCAAGAAUCCAUAGAGAUGGUCAAACGAAACCUUGUUUUAUUUAUAGAAUUUUCACCACCGGAUGUAUUGAUGAAAAAAUAUUCCAACGUCAAUUAGUUAAAAACAGGUUAAGUUCAAAAUUUUUAGAUAAUGAUUCAUCAAGUAAAUCGGAUAUAUUUGAUGAAAGUGAUCUAAAAAAUAUAUUUGAGGUUGAUACAAACACUAUUUCAAAUACACAUGAUUUAUUAGAAUGUUCAUGUGAUGGUGAUGGAUCAACACUAAAUGAACAAUUAUCCCAAUCUCAAGAAAAAUCAGGUAAUGAACAAGAGGAACCACCAUUUGCUACUCAGUCUUGGGUGUCUGCAUUGGAGCUUCAAAAGAAAAUGGUUGAUAAUGGUGAUAUCUUGAAGAAAUCAGCAGUUAAAUCGGCAUUAAGUGAUUAUCAACAUUAUAAUCCUAAUGUAAACAAAAACUUGACUUUUGAUACCGUUCUAGAUCGUCUUGCUAAUAAUCCUAGUUUUCGUGAUAAAAAAUUACCCAUUACUUUUAUUAUGCUGAGAAUAAGUAAUCAAGAUCAACCAAAUACAGAAUAA